CUAUUGAAGCAUUCAAGCCUGAACUGAUCAGUGAGAAUGUCCUUCAUCGCCUCAUGGAGCAAGACAUAAUCUGUGACAUCCGACUUGAGCACAAAGAUGACAACAUUUACCUGUACACCAGAGGCAAACCUGCAGACUUCUUUGUGCUGAUUUUACAAGGAAAAGUUGAGGUGUCCAUUGGUAAAGAAAAUCUAAUCUUUGAACAGGGACCUUUCGCUUACUUUGGGCAUCUAGCACUUUGUCAGCCAGCUUCAAUGGUCACUACCACUACAAAAGGAAGCACGCAGAGCAUCGUGAGUACUACCAGUAAUGUCACUGUCCAUUACCUACCGGAUUUCUCGGUGCGAAUAGCUAGUGAUGUGCAGUUCCUGCGUGUCACAAGAGCCCAGUACCAAGCAGCACGUGCUGCAACAAAAAUGGAGCUGGACAAGAAAGAAGGAAGUGAAAAUGUUGCAGAUGAAAUCUUCAAAAAGGAAUGGAAGAAGGUAUCAGAAUGCGAGGUGUACAACAGUACCAACUCUUUAAAGACCCCAGAGUAUGAUCGGAAACAAAUUUGUGAUCCAAGUAGUAAGGAGAAUGUGGUGUAGACUGCACUUCUUUAAAAAUCACUGAGCAAUAGAACU